AUGUCAGGACCCAAAGCCUCGUCUUCGACCGCCGGCUUCUUCCAGGCCUUGCCGGUCGUACCACCGCAGUACAAUGCAUCUUCGACCAAUCAAGUCAAGCACGAUCUUUCAGACGAUACUGUCUUCUCACGAAUACUUUCCAUUUACCUUCCCCGGCCACUCCCCAAUCAUGUCAGCACUCAGCUCCACAACUUUUCCAGACUUGUCCUCGCCCCUUCCACACUACAACAAACGGUCGAUUGUGACACGGACCUACCUACUUUGAGCCCUUUGACCACGUUUGGCGAGGAGAACAAAGUUUCUCCGCUACGGACGAGUGAGGGAUGGCGGGCACUGAAACGGAUUGAGACGGAGGCAGGCGUGGUCGGUAACGGCUAUCCACAAUCGAGGUUUGAACAGAAGUUCAAUCGAAGAACCCAUCAAUUCUCGACUCUACAUCUAUGGCAUGGUUCCGCCGCCGUCGCGACAUGCCCCAUGGCUAUGACGGACGGGGCGGCGGUCCUCCUUCGACGCCAUCUCAAUGACCCUGAUGGUGACCAACCCGGCCGAGGGAAGGUCUUUUCCGAGUCGUACCAGCGUCUCAUCUCGUUGGAUACCAAUUAUUCCUGGACAAGUGGACAGUGGAUGACCGAAAGGAGUGGAGGCAGCGAUGUGCGAGGCACGGAAACAGUGGCUCGACGGCUCACUCAAGUCGAAGUCCAACACGAUAUCAAAGCAGGGCGGGACACGGACGCCGUCGGCCUCCCACUAGGGCCGUGGUUGAUCGAUGGCUUCAAAUGGUUUUCGUCCGCCACAGAUGCCGAUAUGGCUGUUCUUCUGGCCCAGACGAGCACCGGGUUGAGUGCUUUCUACGCCCCACUGCGACGACGGACAGGGAAUCUCACAUCCACACCACCGGAGACACUCACCACCCAAACAGAUGACAACCGAACCGAGAUGAACGGCGUGAGGAUUCAACGAUUGAAAAACAAACUCGGCACCAAAGGCGUGCCCACGGCCGAGCUGGAGCUCAAGUCUAUGCGAGCCUACCUGAUCGGCAGCGAAGGCCAGGGCGUCAAGGAAAUCAGCUCGAUCCUCAACAUCACGCGCCUCCACACCGCCUCCGGCGCGAACGGCGCAUUGGCUCGCGGCCUCGCGGUCAGUCGCGCGUACACCAAGGUGCGCAAGGUGCGCGGGCAGGUCCUGUCCGCCAACCCGCAGCACCUGGCAUGGAUGGCUGGCGAGACGGUCAAGUACCGCGCCAACGCCCACUUGGUGGCGCUGAAUGUGGCGCUGCUCGGCGCGAGCGAGCAGGGCCAAGAAGCCGUCACCGGCACCCGAGCCGCAUCGGUCUUGAUCCCAGAAGGAAAAACCCAGAUCGAAAUGCUGCUCCGCCUGCUCACGCCGGUGAUGAAGGCCCAGGUGUCGCUGAACGGCGUGUCCGGUCUGCGGGCGUGCAUGGAAUCCCUCGGGGGCGUCGGAUACUGCGAGAACAACGAGGACGGGGGCGUGAUGAACAUCGCGCGACUGCUGCGGGACUGCAACGUCAACACCAUCUGGGAGGGCACCACGAGCGUCAUGGCCGAAGACGUGCUGAGAGUCCUGCUGGCGAAGCCCAAGAACCCGAGACCCAACAACGAAAAGAGCCCCCCACCAGGUCCCAGCGCCAUCCUCGCCAGCACGCUCGGAGCAUGGUCACGCACCGUGCUCGCGCACGUGGCCAAGCACGCUCUCCCCGCGCGCACAUUCCAGAACGAGAUCGAGAUCGUCGAGACGCGGUACCGCGCGCUGGACGAGUUGAUCCGCGAUCCCGGCGACGGCCAGGAACUGCACUGGCGCGGACGGGAGGUGCUCGAGGCCGUCGAGGCCGUCGCUUGCGCUUGCUUACUGCUCUUCGACGCCGCGGUCGAUCAGGACGAGGCAAGCGUUGCGGUUGCCCGCCGCUGGGUCAAGGGCUUCGUCGCAUUGCCGAGGGAUAGGCUUUACAAGGAGAAGAACUUCGACUGGCGUGGGGAGGUCAGGCUUGACAGGCUGAUCUUCCUUGGCGCUGGUGGAGAUCGUGCUGGUGAGUCCCUCGAUGGCUCUGUGGUGCAGUCGAAGCUGUGA